AUGGACAACGGCAAGAAGCCUGUCUUCUUAACGAAAGCCGAGAGGGAGAAGUUAGCCAUCCAGCGUCGCCAAGAGGAAAACGAGCUGCAGAAGAAGCGCCAGGAACAGCUUCUCGCCGAAGCGAACAGCCUGAAGCCCGUCUCUGCCGACUCCGACCGCCGCGACCGAGAUAGAGACAGAGACAGAGAUAGAGACCGUGAAAGAGACCGUGACCGAGACCGAGAUCGAGAUCGAGACCGGGAUAGGGAUAGAGACAGGGAAAGGGAAAGGGAAAGAGAAAGGGAAAGGGAGCGCGAGAGGGAUAGGGAUAGGGUUUCGUCGCGGCGAGACAGGGAGCGAGAGCGGGAAGAAGAAGCUAAAGCUCGGGAGCGAGCUCGAUUGGAGAAACUGGCUGAGCGAGAAAGGGAAAAGGAGCUCGAUUCCAUCAAAGAGCAGUAUCUCGGGUCGAAGAAACCUAAGAAGCGAGUGAUCAAGCCGAGCGAGAAGUUCCGAUUCUCGUUCGAUUGGGAGAACACGGAGGACACUUCGCGGGACAUGAAUGUUCUCUACCAGAACCCUCACGAGGCGCAGCUGUUGUUUGGCCGAGGGUUUCGCGCCGGAAUUGACCGAAGGGAACAGAAGAAGCUUGCUGCCAAGAACGAGAAGGAGAUGAGGGAUGAAAUUCGGAAGAAGGAAGGCAUCGAGGAGAAGCCAGAGGAAGCAGCUGCACAGAGGCUGAAGGAAGAAGCUGCUGAGAUGUAUGAUACUUUCGACAUGAGAGUGGAUAGGCAUUGGUCUGAGAAGAAGCUGGAAGAGAUGACCGAGAGAGAUUGGAGGAUUUUCAGAGAAGAUUUCAACAUUUCCUACAAGGGUUCCAAGAUUCCUCGCCCUAUGAGGAGCUGGAUGGAGAGCAAGCUGAGUCCAGAGCUCUUGAAAGCCGUGGAAAGAGCUGGAUACAAGAAACCUUCACCGAUUCAAAUGGCUGCCAUUCCACUUGGUAUGCGCCAGCGAGAUGUAAUCGGUAUUGCCGAGACUGGUUCUGGUAAGACGGCUGCUUUUGUUCUCCCCAUGCUGACUUACAUCUCUAGAUUGCCUCCAAUGAGUGAGGAUAAUGAAGCAGAGGGACCUUAUGCUGUUGUUAUGGCACCAACCCGUGAGCUAGCUCAGCAGAUUGAGGAUGAAACAGUGAAGUUUGCUCAUUAUUUAGGUAUCAAUGUGGUUUCAAUUGUUGGUGGGCAGUCUAUAGAGGAGCAAGGGCUCAGGAUUAGGCAAGGAUGUGAAGUAGUAAUAGCAACUCCAGGUCGUUUGCUUGAUUGUCUAGAUAGGCGUUAUGCUGUCUUGAAUCAAUGCAAUUAUGUAGUUCUUGACGAAGCUGAUCGAAUGAUAGACAUGGGUUUUGAACCCCAAGUUAUGGGGGUACUCGAUGCAAUGCCUUCCAGCAACUUGAAACCUGAGAAUGAAGAUGAAGAACUUGAUGAGAAGAAAAUCUACCGUACCACUUAUAUGUUCAGUGCUACUAUGCCGCCGGCCGUUGAGCGUUUAGCCAGAAAGUAUCUCAGGAAUCCUGUUGUGGUCACAAUUGGUACAGCUGGAAAAACAACCGACUUGAUCUCCCAGCAUGUGAUGAUGGUGAAGGAAUCAGAGAAGUUCUCUAGGCUACAGAGGCUGCUCGAUGAGCUGGCAGAUAAGACAGCGAUUGUGUUUGUUAAUACAAAAAAGAAUGCAGAUUUCCUUGCCAAGAAUCUAGACAAGAAUGGGUAUCGUGUUACUACUCUGCACGGAGGGAAGUCUCAGGAGCAGAGAGAGAUUAGUCUAGAGGGUUUUAGAACAAAGAGGUACAAUGUCUUAGUUGCUACAGAUGUUGCUGGUCGUGGUAUCGAUAUUCCUGACGUGGCUCAUGUGAUCAAUUAUGACAUGCCGGGGAAUAUUGAGAUGUACACUCAUCGUAUUGGACGUACUGGGCGUGCUGGAAAGACUGGUAUUGCGACAACGUUCUUGACUUUUCAGGAUACUGAUGUGUUCUAUGACUUGAAGCAGAUGCUUGUGCAAAGUAAUAGUGCUGUGCCUCCAGAAUUGGCUAAACAUGAAGCUUCGAAGUUCAAGCCUGGGUCGAUUCCUGAUAGGCCUCCUAGAAGAAAUGACACAAUCUUUACUCACUAG